GAUCUGUACUCAGCUAUUCUUUUCUCGCCAACUCCCCAUUUCCAUACCCAUAAGCCAUAGCAGCACCAGGAAGAAAAUCGGGGAGGACGGGGUUGAGCAACAAAGCAUGGAUCUCAAGAGAAAAGAAAUGAUUGUAUCAGCUCUCUGUCAAUACUUCUCAUUGGAUCCUAAACCUUUUCUGGAGGACAUUCCGGAGAACGAUAUCAAGGAUUUGUACUCAAAAAUUUCAAAGGCAUCCACAAAGGCAUCAUCUUUGGAAAAUAACGAUGAGGUUGCCAAGUGGAUAACAUUUGCAGAUCCUUCAAAUUCCAAAGCAUCCGUUGACAUUCUCAAAGAAUUGAAUGAGGACUUGGCUCCAAAAUCUGUACUUUCAGGAAAUGGAUUAAGACCAUCAGAAGUUGAUGUUAUUGUAUUUUCUAGCAUACAUUCUUUAGUGGCUGACCUAUCAGAUUCAGACAAGGAAAAGUUACCACAUUUGAUGCGAUGGAUUGAUUACAUCCAGAACAAAGAGAAUUUGUGGAAACUAUUUGGAACAAUAUCUCUGCAGAAGCCUGGGUUUGAGUAUCAGUUGCCGGGAACAAGAACUGCAGCUAAGGUGGAAGUCGAUUCAAAUGCAAAAAAGACUGCGCAAGGCAGUAGAAGUGCUGAUAGGUCAGAAGCAGAACCCAGUACCAAGAAAGGAGAUUCUGGGGUAAAUUUUAGAUUUACCUUGUUCAUUGUGUCAUUCAGAUUCACAUUAUUUAGGGUUUUGGGACUUGUUCCUAUGGUUUCUUUCAUGUUCAUUUGCAUAUUGAAGAACCGCAAAGUUGUGCUGAUUACCAAUGUAAAACCGGGAAAGUUACGAGAUGUGAUGUCAGAAGGAUUGGUACUAUGUGCUUCCAAUGAAGAUCACACAGUAGUCGAGCCUUUGCACGCUCCAGAAGGAGCCAAACCUGGAGAGUGCAUUUCAUUUUCAGGGAUUGAUGGAAAGCCAGAAGAUGUCCUAAACCCAAAAAAGAAGCAGUUAGAGAAGAUAACACCGCAUCUUUUCACCGAUGACAAGGGUGUAGCCACUUAUAAGGGUAUACCAUUUAUGACAACUGCUGGGCCUUGCACGUCAUCUAUUCCAAAGGCGAGCAUCAAGUGAUGGUACCGAUUCUCAGGUUCAUUAUUAGUCAUUGUAGCAACCGAUCACACCUUCUUGCUUCUCAAUUUCUAAAGCCUAUGUUACUGGAUAUUGAAAACUUGAUAGAAGUGCAACCAUGGGAUUGAGUUAUAAAAUUUUGUUAUGGACAAUUCAUAUAAAAAGGGUAUUAAAUGUAUGUCAAAUGGGAAGUGCAAUAUUUUUCCA